ACCUGCAGCCCUGUCAGGAUGCCUCUCCAGCAGAUCUCCGUAGUCCCCGCGCGGGAGACCGCCAGCAAUGGGAGAAGUUCCGCGGGCAGAAACAAAGAGAAGAGCAGGGAAGUCGAGAAUUUCAGAAAUUGAAAAGGGAUAAGUGGAAGGAGAAAAUGUUGGGCUGGUGCCAAGCGAUAGCUCGUAAUCCUCACAGACUCCCAAACAGCACAAGAACCCCCGAGGUCUCAGGUGAUGCUUCACACAUUUCUGCCUUGAAUGAUAAAUCACCAGGUCGCUCAACAAGUCGGUCAAGUAACAUUUCAAAGGCAAGCAGCCCUACCACAGGGACAGCUCCCAGGAGCCAGUCACGGUUAUCGGUAUGCCCUUCUACUCAGGACAUCUGUAGGAUCUGUCACUGUGAGGGAGACGACGAAAACCCCCUCAUCACGCCAUGUCGCUGCACAGGGACCCUACGUUUUGUUCAUCAGGGCUGUCUGCACCAGUGGAUUAAGAGCUCAGAUACACGAUGCUGUGAGCUCUGCAAGUAUGAUUUUAUAAUGGAGACCAAGCUCAAACCUCUUCGAAAGUGGGAAAAACUACAAAUGACAACAAGUGAGAGACGGAAGAUAGUCUGCUCAGUCACAUUCCACAUUAUUGCUAUUACCUGCGUAGUUUGGUCAUUGUAUGUUUUAAUAGAUCGGACUGCUGAGGAAAUUAAGCAAGGCAAUGACAACGGUGUCCUGGAGUGGCCAUUUUGGACAAAACUAGUUGUGGUGGCCAUUGGAUUCACUGGAGGCCUCGUCUUCAUGUACGUACAAUGCAAAGUGUAUAUUCAGCUGUGGCGAAGGCUGAAGGCUUACAAUCGAGUGAUAUUUGUUCAAAACUGUCCAGACACUGCCAAAAAAAUAGAAGAGAAAAAUGUUCCCUCCCUUCAGAACACUGAAAUCAAAGACGCUGUGGUGGUGCCAGUGUCACAGACAGCUACAAACUCUCAGCAAUCAGGAGAAGAAACUGCUUCUGAUGUCAUGCCCGUUUGAUGGAAGUGGCAUUUUCCCCCUUCAUUGAAGAACAAGGCAACGUGCUUUCUUCUCUUCAGCCACAGGAAAGGGCAAAAACACUAAGUAAUUUUUUUAAUGAAGAGCAAACAGAAAAAUAACCAGGAAAAUUGAUCAGAAGAAAUUACACGUUACCUCUGGAAUGCAAUUGUGAAGUAAUUUUGCACCUUUCUGGCUAGGCACAGUGAAAGUGGAAAUGAAGAAAUUAUAGCAGAGACCCAGUCUGACAGGCAAAUAUAGCAGCACCAUUUUCAGUGCCGAAAAGAACUGCACAUGGACAUAUUACAGGUGUUCUGUUUACAAGGAAGAAAAACCCUUAUGUAUUUGCUACUAUGGUCUUUUGCUAAUUAUCAUAUUC